AUGGUAGAGUCCUCUUAUGAUCGUUCCACUUUUUUAUCAAAACUCUCAUUUUGAUGAAGUCGAAAUUAUACUCAAAACCCUCAUGCGGUUUUCCGAAAACCCAAAAUCAUUGAUAUAGACCACGUAGCGCAUAAAAUAUCAAAUAAAUGAAAAAAGGAGCAGCAAAACAAAGACCCAAGCUUUUUUAAGGCUCUUUGAAAAGGUAUUUUUUGAAAAUAUUGCAUAAUAAAUAUACCGAUUUUUAUUGAGGUCUUUUCGCUUAUAGCAAUUUCUAUUCUUUUGGGUAGACUAGUCGAGUAUUUUUGAAAUGACGAUGAUAUAAGCACAGGAUUUACCAUUGGCUUCGGGAUCAUUAUUUUAUUUACUAUUUCAAGACUUUGUAGGAACCUUGGGAAUUUUCAUUUAGAAAUGUUCGGGUUUUCAAUAAAAUGUGCACUUUUGAAAUUGAUGAACAAAAAGCUGUGUAGGCUUUCCCAUGAAGUGAUAAACUCUGGCGAUGUAUCAAGCAGAGUUGUUAACCUGACUGGGACUUAUUUGCAGGCUUAUGACUUUUUCUCGACGCCUGUUUAUACUUUGGUCACCCCAUUUGCUGCGAUUGCUAUAUUUUUAGCGUUAUAUUAUUAUAUAUCAAUUUUUUAUAAUUGUAUUCAUAUUAUGAGCCUAAUUAUAGGAGAAAUUUGCAAAUAAUAUGGUUAAAUUCUAUAUAAUUUAGUAUACUGGGUAUGCAGGAGUUUUAGGAUUAUUAUUAAUGACGACCAUGUGGCCUAUAACAACAAAGCUCUCUCAUUGGGUAAUAAAAUUAAAAUUGGCUUCAUCUCGUAUUGCAGAAUCAAGGAUAAAAAAAACCAAUGAAGUUAUUGAUACCAUCAAAUUUCUGAAAUCAUAUACCUGAGAAUAUGCAUAUGCAGAUCUAAUUUUUCAGCUGAGAGAUCAAGAAUUAAAGCAAACUCGCCGGCGAGCCUACAUUAAAACAAUAAGCAAGGCGAUAGGAACUACUUCUAUAUCACUAGGCUGCAUACUAACUUUUGGGAUUAAUUAUUAUAGAGAUUAAAAAUGGUGAGGAGAACCCAUCCUAUUAAUAAGUGCAGCUAAAGCAACCCAGGGACCUUGCAGGAGUGAGGAUAGAGUCCGGCAAUGUUUAUUCGGCCAGAUUUUACUUGGCUUGAUGGAGUCAAUGCUGAUCUAGGUCAACUAAGCUUACCUCGUGGGGUGAUGGCGCUCAAAGUUGGAAAGGGUAGCCCCAGUAGCACCAGCGAGGUUACUUUCGGUCGAUCGGUAAUGUUUCCCAUCGCAAUACCGGGCAGUAUGUCCUAAUCUUUGAAGUUCCAUUUGGCCGAGAUGGAUUUCUGGAAGUUGAACCCGUUGACUUACAGCAUGGUGACCCAGAAUCUCUGACUCUUAACGACCAACCAUCGAGGUCAGAAGGGGCUGGCAAGUAAAUAGAGGCGCAUUAUGGAGAUGAAUGAAGCCUACCAGAAAAUUUUUCCUAUAAUCUUAAUUAAGCUAAGUUAAGGAUUAUUUAUUAUAACGAUGGCUAUAUCGACUACAAAAUCGUGACCCCAACCCUCACAUUUUUGCUGCUUGGAGAGUACUAUAUUGCCAUAGUUUUGCCAGUCGCAAUAGAAUAUUACUGAAACUCAUACAGAGGACUAGUACUUCUUGGGAAAUUUCUCCUAGAAAAAGAGCAUCAAAAACUCUAUUUAAAGUACCCUAAAGGAGAAAUCAUGCUAAAAAACGUUACAAGUUACUGAACAAAACAAGCCCAUGACGAAGAAGAGGGCAAUUUUUGUCUGAGAGAUAUCAAUUUAACAAUUCACAGAGGUGAAAUGUGUGUCAUAUAUGGACAAGUCGGCUCAGGGAAAACUUCACUUAUGCUGUCACUAUUAGGCGAAAUGCAUAUUGAAGAAGGGGAAAUAUACCGUGGAGGAAAAGUUGCCUAUGUCCCUCAAGAGCCCUGGAUAUUCCGAGGGACCGUAAAAGAAAACAUUGUAAUGGAAAGGCCAUAUGACGAAACUGACUAUAGGCACGCUUUAUAUUACUCUAUGCUAGAAGACGACAUAAGCAAAUUCAAAAACGGCGACGAAACAAUUAUAGGAGACAAAGGGUCAAAUAUAAGUGGAGGGCAAAAAACCAGAAUCAACUUGGCAAGAGCUAUAUAUUCACAAGCUGAUAUAUACAUUUUUGACGACCCUUUGUCAUCAAUUGACAUAAGAAUUGCUAGAGAAAUUUAUGACAGGCUUAUAAUUGGGUAUUUAAAUGAAAAAACUCGAGUUUUAGUCACCCAUUUAAUUGAUUAUAUUCAUGACUAUACAAAGGUUUAUAAGAUGAUAGGCGGGGUCUUGCAAAUUGAGACGUCAAUUUGUGACGCUUCCCCUAUAAAUGGCAAAAAAGUCGUCAUUGAGGUAAAUGCUCCUAAUAUAUAUGACAAAAAAACCCAUGAUGCAGAAAAAAGUCACCAUAAAAGCUGGGAAUCUUUUUAUAAGUAUUUCAAGCUUGGGUGGUGCUGAUCGUCUCCUUUAAUUAUCUUUUUUAUUAUACUUGCGUCAGGAUUGUAUACAUUGAUGCCUUGGUGGAUUUAUUAUUGGUCUGAAAAAAGCAAGUCGGACCAAAAAUCUAGCCAUUUUUAUUGGGCUUUAUUCGCGAUUGGGCUAGGGCUAGUUCUUGCGUCAGUUAUCAGAAAUGCUUUAGUUACUUCAACAUUGUUAGAAUCAGCCAAAAAGCUUCACAAUAUUUCUUUUGCUGCCUUAAUUAGUGCUCCUCUUCACUAUUUUACCCACAAAAGUCAAGGAUUUCUGAUGAAUCGAUUUAGUAAUGAUAUUGAACAAGUUGAUGAAUAUAUCCCUACCUUAAUAGCUGAGUGUAUUGGACUGUUUUUCUUCCUUAUAGGCUCUUUUGUGAUGAUGAUUAUCAGUGAUGGCUACCUUUCUAUUGCCCUUGUCCCUAUAUUAAUAGCAUGCAUUUAUAAUUUCAAUAAAAGCAAUAGAUACCUGGACAUUUUUAACGCAACUUAUAAUGCAAGCAAAGCUCCUAUUGUAAGCCACUUAUCGUCAACUGCUUCAGGAUUAUACUGUCUCCGAAGCUAUAAGCUUUUAUCAGCUCAUAAGCAGUCAUUUCGAGCUGCAGUAGAAAGGUCUGCGGCUUGUUUUUUUGCCCAAUCAGCUGCAAUGAGGUGGAUGCUGUUUUUACUUGAUAUCCCAUUUAUAGCAUUAAUAGCCAGCUAUAUUAUAAUUUCAGUGCCGCUAAAAGACUUACUUACGUAAAUUAUUAUUUAGUAGCUUCAAGCCAACCAUUUCGGCUUUUAACGUCCCUUGCUUCGCUCCACCCUCUUGCUUGUCAGUCCGGUUUCACGGCCUAAAGAUAUGUGCUGUUCUAUCUGGGCGAUGGUUUGCACUCGCAAUCCGGAGUUAAAGACGCUGGCUUACAGUGCCUUCCUUCAAUGGAGUGCCUUUCCGGAAAUUUAUAGUAAAUUUUCUGGCUAGUCUAUUGGUCAGACUGAUACUUGUAGCCUAAGGCGCAAAUUCUGGUAUAACGUUGAGAAAUUGCUAGAUUGGCCAAGAGAACACCCUUUGGCCUUGCUGGGCUGUCCCUUCCACAGGUGUUAAUAGGGCAUGCUAAUUCGCCACACCAUUUUUAUGUGUGCCGUUAAAAGGCACAUUAAGUGCCGCAACACUUGGGUCAGGGCUCAGUUUUGUCCAAAGAAUUGGCAUGCAAAGUGCAUAUGCCAUGUAUACUUUUAGAAAGGUAAAAAAUUCUAUUUACUGUAUCACCGAGCUGCUAAAAAAUUUAAAAAUAAAGCCAGAAGACAAUUCUUAUGAGGCAAAACUAGAAAUUACAAAAGGAGAAAUCGAGUUUAGGGAUGUGGUAGUGGCUUAUGAUGAUGGUACACGAGCCCUAAAUUCAAUGAACGUUAUAUUUGAAGGAGGCUGCAAAAUAGGAAUUGUUGGGAGGUCAGGGAGCGGCAAAACUAGUAUAAUUAACACUUUAUUGAGGUUUGUAGAAAUCCAGCAGGGACAAGUUUUAAUUGAUGGAAUGGACAUUUCUCAAGCAAAUUUAACACAUCUUAGAAAAUGCAUCACAGUGAUUCCGCAGACUCCGAUAAUUUUCCACAAUUCAGUUAUUUAUAAUAUGGAUCCUCUUAAUGAGUAUAAUGAAGACGAAAUUUGGACUGCGCUGCAGCUUGUAGGGAUGGAUGAAAAAAUUUCUGUGCUUCUUGGAGGGCUUCAUAACUAUUUCUCGUCAAAAACGCUUUCUGCUGGAGAAAAGCAGCUUUUUUGCUUAUUCCACCUUUCAUGAGCGAAAAAAUAAAUGUUGUUCUCACUAGGGUUAUUUUUUUUUCAAAAUUUAAAAAAUCCUUAUUCUCAAAUUUAAUUUAUAAAAUUUAUGUUUUAAACACAAGCGGUUUCAAAAUAGAUUAGCUAGAGAUUUCAUUAUAAUAAUUAUAAAGUAUUUUUUCAUAAAAUUUUUUAUAUUAAAAUAAUUUUUUAAGCUUAUGGAGUUUCGGUUUUUACCAAAAAAAUAGGGAUUUUUCCGACAGUUUUGUUUGCCUAAGUGGGAAAUUAGCAAGAGCACUAUUAAGGCAAAAUAAAAUUUUUGUUAUGGAUGAGAUAACGUCAAAUGUGGAUUAUGGCACUGAAGAAAAAAUAUAUGAGACUGUUGAUGCUACCUGUGGAGACUGCACAGCUCUUAUCAUAGCCCAUAGACUGGAUUUUAUAUUGACUUGUGAUUUUGUUAUGAUUGUUAAUGAAGGAGCGUGCAGUGAGUAUGGGAAUCCUAAAGAAUUGCUGAAAGAUAGGACAUCAGCGCUUCAUCAUAUAGCAAGUUUUUCAAAUGUUUCUCCAACAUUUUCUACAGUAAGAAGAAAUAGCUUAGCUUUAUAUAUGAGUACAUUGGAUAGUGAAGGAUAA